GGGGAAGCGGACCCAGUGCGAGCACUCGAUCGGAGACAGCAUCGAUGGCAACGAAGCCAGCACCGUUCGUGCACCAGCUUCUGCGCAUGCUUAAGCACGAGCCCGAGGAUGUGGUCGCGUGGGGACCGGACGACCACUCGCUCGAGAUCCGCGAUCGGACGCGCUUCGUGCAGGCUGUGCUGCCGCGGUACUUUCGCCACACGCGCUUCAACAGCUUUCAGCGCCAACUCAACUACUAUGGCUUCCAGCGCGUAAAGGGCCUCCCGAAGGCGACGACACGCUACUGGCAUGCGCAUUUUGAGAAAGGUCGGGUCGGUGCCAUGAGCUUGAUCCAGCGCAUCCCGCCCAGCCGCGCACUCACGACACAAGCGAUCGAGCGACCGCUCAUGCCGUCGGCCGAGCAACCGGUCGCUUGUUGGACGGCGUCGCCCGAGAAAGCUACUCCCGCAGCGGCAAACGAUGCAUCGCUGCAGCGGCUUCUGGCACCGCUCCUCUACGGCAGCGACGUUGCAGUGGACCUACCGGCGCCAAGCCCAUCGUGGCUGGACCACAUUUUUGCGGACGCGGGCUCGAGCACGUCGAUCGGAUUUGAAACAGUGCUGAUUUAGCACCACAACAUGC